AUGAGGAGGGACAUCCUGAGGUGCUGGGCUGUGCUCGUGGCACUGACGGGACCGAGCGCGGCUGAGGAUUUCCCAUGGACCAAGAACAAUCCAGGCUCCUUCUACUACGGCACUUUUCCAGCUGGUUUCCUGUGGGGUGUUGGAAGUUCUGCCUACCAGACCGAAGGGGCCUGGGACAAGGAUGGGAAAGGACCGAGCAUCUGGGAUGUUUUCACUCACAGGAAAGGGAAAGUGGUCAGGAAUGAGACGGGAGAUUCCGCCUGUGAUGGCUACUACAAAGUCAAGGAUGAUAUUCAGUUACUGAAGGAGCUGAAGGUGAAUCACUACGUCUUGUCCAUCUCAUGGCCAAGGAUUAUGCCCACAGGCAUCAAAGCUGAGCAACUGAAUGAGAAGGGAAUACAGUUCUACAAUGACACAAUUAACAGUCUUCUGGAAAACAACAUCACCCCUAUUGUGAGCCUCUACCACUGGGAUCUGCCACAGGUUCUUCAAGAAAAGUAUGGUGGCUGGCAGAAUAUAAGCAUGAUUAAUUAUUUUAAUGAUUAUGCAAAUCUGUGUUUUGAGAAGUUUGGUGACCGUGUGAAACACUGGAUUACGUUCAGCAAUCCUUGGGCAGUGGCUGAAAAGGGCUAUGAGACGGGAGAACACGCACCAGGACUGAAGCUCGGCAGCUGCGGCGCCUACAAGGCUGCUCAUCACAUCAUUAAAACUCAUGCCAAGGUCUGGCACUCCUACAACAACACCUGGCGCAGGGAGCAGAGAGGGAUGGUUGGAAUUUCCCUAACGAGUGGCUGGGGGGAACCUGUUGAUCCACACAGUCAAACAGACAGAGAUGCUGCUGAAAGGUACAUCCAGUUCCACCUGGGAUGGUUUGCAAACCCCAUUUACAGAGGGGACUACCCAGAAGUCAUGAAGAAUUAUGUAGGUAGGAAGAGUGCCCAGCAGGGCCUGGGGACAUCAAGAUUACCAACUUUCUCAGUGCAAGAGAAAACCUAUAUUAAAGGCACCUCGGAUUUCCUGGGAAUUGGUCAUUUUACCACUCGUUAUGUUCUGCAGAAGAACUUUCCCUUCCUCCAAGUGUCCAGUUACCACACUGACCGUGACCUGGCUGAACUGGUGGACCCCAACUGGCCAGCUCCAGGCCCCAAGUGGCUCUACUCUGUGCCCUGGGGGUUCAGGAGGUUGCUCAACUUCGUUAAGACCCAGUAUGGGAACCCCCUGAUUUAUGUGACAGAGAAUGGAGUGUCUGAAACAGUGCAGUGCCCUCAGCUGUGUGAUGAGUGGAGGAUCCAGUACCUGAAGGGAUACAUCAACGAGAUACUCAAAGCUCUAAAUGAUGGUGUAAAUGUCAAAGGUUAUACUGCCUGGUCACUGCUGGAUAAAUUUGAAUGGAACAAAGGCUUCUCCGAAAGAUUUGGGCUUUACCACAUUGACUUCAAAAACAAGAACAAACCACGGUACCCAAAGGCAUCUGUUGAUUACUAUAAAAAGAUUAUCAGUGCAAAUGGAUUCCCAAAUCCAAGAGAGGUGGAAAACUGGCAUCGGAAGGCCAUGGACAGCUGCUCUGCCACACACCAACACCUUGCUGCAGAUUCCCUGAUUACUCACAUGGAAAUGGUGACAGAGAUUGUUCUUCCUACAGUUUUCACACUCUGCAUUCUCAUCAGUAUUGUCCUCCUCAUAUUCUACCUUCGAAACCACAGCUAA